CCCUUUCUGACCCUUCCUUCUCUCUCUUUCUCUCUCUCCCUCUCUGUAUUUUCUCAUUUGUGCUUACGUAUCAACUUAACCGUCUCCAUCUCCUUAGUAAAACUUCGGGCCUUUGCAAUGGAUAGUCUCAUCAACGUCGCCCAGCAAAAAGCGCAGGAGUACCUCAACAAGGACAACGACGACGACGACAAAACCAAGCAGCAGCAGGGCUAUGGCCAGCAUCUUCCCAGUGGCGAAAAAUCCUAUGGUAGCAACUAUCCGGCGGGCGGUGGAGCAUUCGCCGACGACGACGAUGACGAUGAUUACCGACAUGCCGCCAACGAGGCUUCGCGUCACGCGGGAUCGCACGGCGACACGGACCUAUUCUCGAGCGUGCUGGGGACGUUGACGAAGAAGAAGACGCAGCUGAGGAACGAGGAUAUUGAUGAGGACGAUGCAGUCAAGAAGCACAAGAAGUUUUUCGGUGAUGACGAUGACGACGACGACGAAAAGGCCGACGACAAAGGACUAGGCGCUGCUGCCGCGAUGCAGGCACUGAAGAUGUUCUCUAGCGGCCAGACGGGCGGCCAGAAGCAGAGCCAAGGCGGCUUCGCGGGCCUCGCCAUGGCCGAGGCCAGUCGGCUCUUCGACCAGCGCCAGUCGCAGGGCAAGGUUGCCGACGGCACGAGCAAGGAAUCGGCCAUCCAGCAGGCGGGCGAAAUGGCGCUCAAGAUGUACUUCAAGAGCCAAGGCCAGCAGCAGGCGGGCGGCUUCAUGGGCCUGGCGUCUAAAUUCAUGUAGGGGACCGGGAUCACGACUGGACUGAACCGAAGAUGCACUGCUCUCGACUUGUUCAUGGUGAGGUUUGGAUUCUGAGUCCAAGAUAUUUGUGAUGUUGUUUCCGAACUGUCCAAAAAGGAAAAGAAAGAAGAAGAAAAAAAGACAGCAUGACGAUUACGAUCACUCCGCUUUUUCCAAGUUACUCUCUGCGCUAACAUUGUUUUUGUUUUUAUUUUUUUACCU